CACAGCUGUGUUAUUUUAUGUUUACACCUGACACAGCAGGACAGCAGCCAUACCUGAAGUAAACUGACAAGAGAUGGCGUAUUCCACCAGCACUCUUGCUGCUGGCUGCUUUGGGAAGAUCUACAGGGAGAAGUACAAUGACACCUGGGCUGCAAUCAAGAAGGUGCCACAACACUUAAUCAAUAGGAGAGACCUGGAGAGAGAGUGUCAAGUAUACAAUAAGGCAAUUCAUCCUAACAUAGUGAAGCUUCUGGGUAAUCCAACACUCAAGGACUCUAAGUGGAUCAUCCCCAUGGAGUUCAUCUUUGGAGAAGAACUGGAGACAACCAUCUUCAAAUCACAAAAAUCUCAAAUCCAGUUGACUCCAUCUAUAAAGGCCACCAUCAUCACAGGCAUGUGUGAAGGACUACUUUAUCUACACAGCAAAGAUAUUGUCCAUCAGGACCUCAAGCCUGACAACAUCAUGGUAGAGCAUGACACGCACAGAGCUGUGAUCAUUGAUAUGGGACUGGCCAAAUUCUUCUGCAAUGGCCUAAAUUCUGCUAUGGAUACGGGCAACGAGGCCUACUCUCCCCCUGAGGUCCUGCAGAGGCGGGGCCAGCGAGAUCAGCGCUCGGACGUGUGGGCUAUGGGUAAAAUCAUUGCCGAACUCUGUGCCAGAGUCAGGCUGCACACCCCCAGCGUCUGUCCAACUAAGAUCCAGGAGACCCUCAGUCUCCAAGGCCAGCAGUACUGUAACGCUGUCUGUAGGAUGGUGCAGAGAGACCCCACAAUGCGAGCCACCAUGGCUGGAAUCAUGCCGGAGAUACAAAGGGCAGGGGUAAAUGGCGGUGGCGGCAACACUGGGAGGCAGAAAAGAGGACAUCUUCUGACACCCUUUCCUCACACUCAGGUAAAAAAUGCAUUGCCACGUCCUCAAGCUCCUGUACAGCGUUCACCAUCUCCAUCGAGAUUUGAGCGCAGUGCUUUACCAAUGCCUGAGGUCAAGACAGUAGUGCCAGCUCCUGUGCAAGCGCCUUCUCCAUCGAGAUGGGAGCAUACAGCCUUGCCAAAGACUGAGUUGAAGUUUGAGGUCAAGACAACACUGAGACCACAACCCGCACAGCAGUCACUUUCCCUAUCAAGAUGGGAGCGGGCAGCCUUGCCAAAGACUGAGGUCAAGAACUCACCAUCUCCCCUUUCAAAGGUAGACAAGGGUAAUGCUCUGUUUCCAUCAGGCACAACUCAACCCAGUCAAGAUGUCAUGAAACAGCUUCUCUACAAAGAGGCGUCGAGGGGUCUCCCAUGCCCACUCCCCACGACAGGCAAGGUGCGAAUCCGCCGUUAUGAGCAAAGGAAUGGGGAAGUGGAGACUUGGGAGCAAAAGGAGGUAGAGACUGAAGGAGGGAGGAUAGUCAAGUUUGAGGAUGUGAUGUUUAACAACAAGUCAUAAGAAGGUUAUUGAAAGAUUGUGAAGUAGUUGGGAGUUGAUUUGACUGUGCUUCUUCAGAGUGCGGGCCACUCCCCUUCCGUCCUUCAAUGUAAAAGUCUGACAUGUUUCUGAAAAAGGUGAAAGACUGUAUUUGGGACAGGGGAUAAACUAAUGGAAUAAUUCUAAUGUCCAGUGAAACUAUACUAUGUAACAAUACAUUUACACAUUUUCUUACUACGGUAGGCUAAAUGUGUAUAUACUGUAUGAAUAUAAAUAUAUAUCUCAACAACAAUAAAAGUUGUAUUGCACUGUUAAGAAGGAAACCUAA